UUACCCGGAUGUGAAUGUUUUCAUUGGUUUCAAAAUGGAGUCAAAACAAGAAAAUGCAUGAAAUGUAGAUGCUAAAACCACAAUUCCUUAUGAAAUAUGCAAAUGACUUAUUCAAACAAUAUAAAACAAGUUCCAGUCCACCAGAGUAACACAAGAAAACGGAAUGAAAACAGAUGUAAACAUGUCAGAGAAACAAAUCAACAACCAGGAGAUGUUUGAACACUAUAGCCCACAGUAUCCUCUUCCUGAAGAGAUCAACAAAAUGGAGAGAGACGAGACUGUAUGUAAAUACUGUGGUGUUAGUUACCUCAUACAUAAUGAGAUUAAAAAGUUAGAGGAGAAACUGAAAGCUACAGAAAAGGAACUGGAACAUUUGAAGGGAUGUGAAGUCAGGGAAAAUCAACUUAAAGAAAAAGUUACUCAAUUAAAGUCAGAAAUUGCUGAUCUUCAAAAUAUUAUUAGCGAUAAAAGUUUAAUGAUAACAACAUUACAAGAGAGUUUAGAGAAUGAAUCAAAUAUGACAAUUAAGUUACAAAAUCAUAACCAUGAAUUAGUGAAGAAUCUAGAGAACACAACAAAAGUGAAAGAUGAUUUACAACAGAAACUCAAAUCAAGAAAUGUAAUAUUUGACAAGCAGCUGCCACUGAUAAGAAAGAAGAUACAAGAACAAAAGACAGAAGUCACAAGUGUCCAUCAGUUUGUAGAAGAAAGAAAUAAAAAGAUAAAGGAAGAAAUGAUGUUAAUGUUUUCUGAUCUGAAACAGAUUUGUCAACAAAGAGAUAAUGAAAAGAUGAAACUACAGGAAAAGAUAAGUUCAUUGGAAACUGAAAAGGGUGAGGCGCUGUUGACAAGUGUAGCAAUGAAGGAAAAGGUUAAAGGUCAAGAACAAGAUUUACAGCAACUUUCAAUAUUGGUGGAUGAAAACAACAAACUACAGCAACAGUUAUCCAAUAUAGAAACAAAAACAAGAGAUUUACAACACGAAUUGGACGAGGCAGUAUCUAAAUGUAGAAGUUUAACAAUGGAAUCUCAACAGUUCAAAGAUCAGUUAAGGAAUAAAAAUCAGGACAUGGAAGAACAAACAGCACAGUUCAGACGGAAGGAACAAAACUCUGAAAUGACAAUACAAAAAUUACAGAAUGAACUAGGGAAGAAACAAGCAGAAUUUGCAUCUGUUUUAAAAGAUUAUAAAAACUUAGAAAACCGACUUCAUGAACAACAGAGAAAAGAGGAAGAAAUCCACAGGAAAGCUACUUUUACUGUCACUGAAAGUAGAGAACUUAAAGAUGUAUUGAACAAAGCAAAAGCAGAGAUAGAACAAUUAAAAUCUGAGAGAGAAGUGAUGAUAACCUCCCAUCAGAACAGAAUAGAACAGCUUAGACAAAGUUUCCAAAAUAAACUAUUUGAGGCAGAUAAAUGGCCAGAAAAGUUAGAGGAAGCUUUGAGGAAAGAGAGAGAGAAACAUCAAACAGCUUUGAAAGCUUUAGAAGACAGCCUAGUAGAAAACUUUGUCAUGGAAAUGCAGAUAGAGAAACAGAAAUAUCAAGAAUUAUUAGAAAAAUAUCAAGGUUCUACUAAAAACCAGGAAUCAAUGUUAAAAUCACAGCUUAAUGAUGUGGAAAAUAGGUACAAAGCUGAGAUCAGGGAUCUACAGAAACUCUUAGCAGAUAAUAAAACAAGAGCUAAGGAGACAGAAGAAUCUUUGAGAAGAGAAAUUGAAAGUCUAAAAUCAAUUAUUCGAGACCUAGAAGAUAGAUUAGCUCGGUUAGAUCAUGGUAGUGAUGAAAAGAUGGCUGAACUGAAAAUACAGCUUAAAGAAACCCAUGAGGAGUUAGAGGAAGCUAGAGAGGAACUUACUAAAAAGUCUGAUUUAUUGAAGACAACAAAAGAUGAGGUGAAGUUUUUACAAGAAACAGUACAAAGGGAAGUAGAGGAAAGGUUUGAGUUGACAGAGGCACUGAGUACUGCCAGGACAGAACUUCUGAAACUAAAGAAACCUCCAGGUGGGUACAGCGGAGGCAGUAAUCCACGACAGUCGACUGCCGACAGUAACAUGUCGUUGAAAUCUGUCAGUACAGUGAACAACAAUACAGCAAAUACAGAAAACAUGAACAGUGCUAGGAACUCUUCUGUCAGUGAUCUGAACAGUGCAAGGAAACAUUCUAAUGAUGAUCUUAAUAAACUAAAUAAUAAAAAUUUAAAUAGACAGGGGACUUACACAUCAUCGAAAAGUUUAAACCCACUGAAAACACCGCCAGUACAAUCAAGAGAGAUAUCUACAGUCAGUGCAGCAACGGUCAGCAGUUCUCAUAGUUCUGUUUCGUAUGGCGGUGAUCCUGCUAAGCCUCAAGGAAAAAUGAAAGGAGGAUCUAUAGCAGACACUAGAAAAAGGAUAGCAAACAUUUUAGGGAGAAAAUCAUGAUACUAUAUACAAUUUUUACUAGCAGUGUUUUAAUUGAAAUCCUUAUAAGAGAUUGUGCUUUUACUCAGAAUUUUUUAGGCAGUUUUUACAAAUAUGAGGGUGAAGUAUAAUUUAUUUAUUAUAAUAUUGCCAAGUUAUGCUAGUCAAAUUUGUAAGUUAGUCCACACUGGAUCAGUUUAUCAUUCUUUGGAUUUUUUUCUUAAUUUGAAAGGUAAGAUGUUGAAUAAAUAUAAGUUCUCUGUGUCACACUCCAAAAUGAUUAAAAGCCACCCAUUUUAGCUUUUGUUGAUAAAUUUAAUUAAGAUAAAGACACUUGAGGUCACAUCUAUAUUUGAAUCAAAAGUGAAAUUUUAGUCCUCAAAAAUAUCAUUUUUUGUCGUAAAAAAAAAUAAUCAUUAGAGGCAUUUAAACACUUGAACAUUGUUUCAAAAAGCUUUUGAAAGCUUAAAAUACGUAAUUUUUGAAUGUAUGUACAAUUACAGUUGUAAAAGCCUUACUGUUUGCUUUAUUGAUCAUUCUCAUUCUUUACAUUUUUUUAAAAUAAUAUAACUGAAUAAAAGUAAGUUAAGAACUGGUUUUCAACUAUUAAUGUCUUCCAGAAAAAAGAAAGAAUGAAUCAUUGAUUUGGUGUUAGCAUAUAUAUUUUUUAUACUCAAUGUGAUAAAGAUGAAUUUGUGCAUUUACUUUUAUAAUUUAUGUAUUUAUUGGUGUUGUUAAGAUUGCUCCUGUUUAUUGCCAUAUCAGCCAUGAAUGUUAUGGAUGAAACUUCUCUGUCAUCAAAACCUGACCUUCAGUGUUAUAAGAUCUGUGUCAGAAUAAGUAAUGAUUGUAAACCAUUUAUAUAUUGUUUCUAAUUAUAGUCAUUCUUGAGUAACUGAAUUUUUACAUGGUUCAUACUGUGGAUUCAUAUAUUUUUAGCUCACCUGGCCCAAAAGGGCCAAGUGAGAUUUUCUCACCACUUGGCAUCCGUUGUUGUCGUUGUCUGUUAACUUUUACAAAAAUCUUCUCCUCUGAAACUACUGGGCCAAAUAAAAGCAAACUUGGCCUUAAUCAUCCUUAGGGUAUCUAGUUUAAAAAAUAUAUCCGAUGACCCUGCCCAUCAACCAAGAUGGCCACCAUGGCUAAAAAUAGAACAUGGGGGUUAAAUGCAGUUUUUGGCUUAUUUCUCUAAACAAAAGCAUUAAGAGCAAAUCUGACGGGGUAAAAUGUUCAUCAGGCCAAGAUCUAUCUGUCCUGAAAUUCUCAGACAAAUCAGACAACCCGUUGUUGGGUUGCUGCCCCUGAAUUGGUUUUAUUAAGGAAAUUUUGCAGUUUUUGGUUAUUAUCUUGAAUAUUAUAAUAUAUAGAGAUAAACUGUAAACAGCAAAAAUGUUCAGCAAAGUAAGCUCUACAAAUAAGUCAAACAUGAUCAAAAUUGUCAAUUGACUCCUUAAGGAGUUAUUGCCCUUUAAAGUCAAUAUUUCACAAUUUUUUGUAAAUUUUUGUAAUCUUUUACAAAAAUCUUCUCCACUUAAUAAUCUACUGGGCCAAAUAGAAUUAAACUAAGCCACAAUUUUCAAUAGCGUUUCUUGAUUGAAAAAAGUAUUGGACAACCAUGUCAUCUAACCCACAUGGCCGCCAUGGCUAAAAAUAGAACAUAGGGGUUUACUAUAGAAGUCUAUGGGAAAAUUGUAAAAAAACAAUUUCAAAUGGUCACAACUUGAAAACUAUUUUAAAUAAUGAUAAGGGGUCUUCAGUAACUAUUGUAAGACUUUAAAGGGAUGACCUGCUUUAAAUUUAACUACUGGGCAGAAUUAAACCAAACUUGGCCUCAACUAUUAUUAGGGUAUCUAAUACUAUUUAUUAUGAUUUUAACCUUAUUUUACAUGAUUUCCAAAGCCACAGUAGAUACAGGUGAUCGACACAGGCUCUUGAGAGCCUCUAGUUUGGAUUUUAAUUAUUGUGGAUUGAGGAAACAUUAUAUUUUUCUGGAUAUUUUAUUUUUGUUGAACAGUUAAAUUCCUGGUUUCCCUAUACCCUGGAAAUCAAUGAAAAAGUUGGUAUCUCACUAUUAAUAUUGAAUCCACAGUAUGGUAUUUUUUUAUGAGCAUUUAGGAAAAAUACCUUAUGAUAUAUGUUAUAUUGUUGCUUUAGCUAUAGUGUAUUUCAAUUUCAUUUCAUGCAGAACAUUAGACUUAUCAUCCCACUGUCCAAGGCAUGGUUUUGGUGACUUUAAAUUAGUCAAGUGGUUAGAAUAAUUUUUGGUAGGUUACAAUGUUUCUGAAGAAGAAAUUAUAAAAUGUACAAUGGUAAUGCAAUAUUACAGUGCUAUUUGUCACAUAAGAGGUCUUUUGAUUUUGAAAAAAAAUAAAUGAAAAAUUGUGAAAAAUAAUUUGUCCAUUAUAUUUUUUGAAAAUACAAGAAAUAAGUAUCCUGCCGAUAAAUGUUUUACUUACUUAUUAAGAAGGUAAUGUAUUUCUCAUAUCAAGAUAUUCACCAACACUACUGUGAUAUUGUUUAUUGUAAAGAACUUUUGUGGUCAAUGUGUUCACUUAGGCCCACUGUCUAUGCAAGCUACAGUAAGCUACAUUUAACAGCAUCCCUGGGUCUAACAGGUAGUUAAAUAAGAGGAAAAAUCAUCAAUUUGUCUUUUUAUCCCUGAUUGCCAACUUCAGGGUUUGAUUACCUUAGUUGGCUUUAAACAUACCUGUAACUGCUACUUAAAAUAGAAUAAAUUAGACAAAAUUCAAUAUAAAGUUGUCAAUAUUUUUGUUAAUUCCUACCAGUAAUAAACUUAUAACUCCCAUAAUAAAUUCUAUAUAUUUUUUAGGCAGUUAAGCUGCCUAAUGCUAGCACCCUAGAUUUGUGUUCUUCCGAACGAAUGCUGAAAAGAGUGCCAUUGUUAUUAACUAGCAAGCUAAUAUGUUAUUUAUAACUUAUUGGACACUUUUUUCAUACUUUUAAUUCUGGAAUACAAAAAAUAUGACCAGAAUAACCUUAAAUGAUCGUCGAACGACGUAAAAUAUUUGAAGUUGCACAUAGGAAAUAGUGCUCAAUAGAAAUCCGUACGUAGUUUAUUAUCCCCUGUGCUUUUGGCUAAGAUGUCAAAGAACAAUUGUAUGAAAUAUUUCAUCGCCGAAAUUCUCUAAUUACAAGUCAUUUACAUUUCCCAAAUGGCAAAAGGCGCAGCAAUAUUGUUUGGUGGCUGAGAAUUAUAUCACAUGUACCUACUAGUCUAAGUUGGCGGUAAUUUUAACUUAAAAGAUACACGAAACGUAAGUUAGACAUUGAUUCUGAUGAUAUAAAGCCCGAUUAUAAGUAAAUAUUGUUAAUCAUGAUAUUCUUUUUGCUUAAGAAGAUUGUGAUUAUUUAAUUGAUUUCAAUUUAAUGUAUGCACAUGUAAAUUCCUUUCUUUAAUUAUAUUAUUCCGUGUCUCACUGACCUUGCCAGAUAAAGUUGUUGUUAUUUUA